AUGGAGGCUGCGUCAACACUUAGGGCGACCGUUCCGGCCGAGAAGGGCAACUGCUCAGCUGACAUGGAGGUAGCUCUUGCCGACCGCGUGCUCGCACACCCAGCCGUCCGGGCCAUUGACGUGAGCCAGCUGGAGGGCUGGGAGGAGCUAGGGAAGGUUUUUGUGAAAGCUUUUGAUGACAAGGGCCAGCGCUACCCAAUCAACUUCGACGACGCGUAUACCUGGCUGCAGUAUGGCAGGAGAGACAAUGCCAUCCGGGCUUUGAGGGCUCGCCCCGUGGAAGACACGGACUUCACACGGAUUGAGCAUGGCUCGACUAACUCCCUCCUCGCUCAGGAGGGAGAAGGAUUACGGAAGGGCCCAGCUCCAGAGAAGUACUAUCUCACUGUAGAUGCCUUUGAGAGGUUUGCGAUGGCGGCACAGACAGAGGCCGGCGAGCGAGUUCGAGCUUUCUUCAAGGCAAUCCGGGACGCCUACCUGGAGCUUACUACAAACAGGCAGCAGCCACCCAUCGUUUUGCAAGAGAACCCUCCGCUUGGAAGGAAGUCGGGCGUGUACAUCAGCACAGAGGUCUUGCUUGCAAAGGAGAAGACUCGACAGGCCGAGGUCGAGGCAAACGCGCGGGUGGCUGAGCGCCAAGCUGAUGUACGCAUCGCCGAGUUGGACCACGAGUUCCGGAUGGCCACCCUGAGCCUAAAGGUCCCUCGCAAGCGGAGUAGGACCUCCGCACGUGACCGCCAGGACGUCCAGGGAAGCUCCGACGAACCCAGGCUGCAUGCUCCCGUCUCCGCACAGGAACCCCCGGAUCAGGAAGUGAUGCCUCAGGCCCCGCAUCCGCGAAGCACGGCCGCUGUCGAGGCCGUGAUCAAGCAAUUUAUUACCGAGCAUUGCACUGUGGAUCCUACUGAGAGGCUGGCCUCGAGCUCCUUCCUCGAGAGGCUCGUUGCAAUCAUGUACGAGGGCCAGCGUGCUCCCUCUGCAAGGGCAGUGGGUGUGGUCAUGCAUAAGUUAGGGUGCCCGCUCUCAACAUUGGGAACUACCAGCUCCAUGUCAGCGGUGUGGUAUAGCUUUGAGGUGAUGAUUGGUCCGUUUGCUGACUGUGAUAGGCGGAACGUGGCUCUCACAUACUUCUCCACGAGGUUCUCCCAGUAA